UCGCGCGCCUCUUUUCUUCCCCUCUGCCAUUUCCAACUCCGAGCGCAGAGCAGAGCAGAGCAUCAAGAAAGACUCAGCGCCACGGCGGCAAUGGCUUCCACCGCUCUCUCCUCGGCCCUUUCCCUCCUCCACGCCAAGCCCGCCACCACCUCCCUGCCCCGGCCACACCCAUUCUUCCCCAUCCACGGUCACCGCCCCUCCGUCGCCGUCGCUUGCACCUCAACCGCCGCGGCCUCCCCGAAGGUGCUGGAGCUGGGGGACGCCAUCGCGGGGCUGACCCUGGAGGAGGCGCGCGGGCUGGUGGACCACCUGCAGGAGCGCCUGGGCGUGUCGGCGGCCGCGUUCGCGCCCGCCGCCGCCGUGGCCGCCCCGUCCGGACCGGCGGCCGAGGCCGAGGCGCCCGCGGAGCAGACGGAGUUCGACGUGGUGAUCGAGGAGGUGCCGAGCAGCGCCCGCAUCGCGACCAUCAAGGUGGUGCGCGCGCUGACCAACCUGGCGCUCAAGGACGCCAAGGACCUCAUCGAGGGCCUCCCCAAGAAGCUCAAGGAGGCCGUCGGCAAGGACGAGGCCGAGGACGCCAAGAAGCAGCUCGAGGCCGUCGGCGCCAAGGUCACCGUCGCCUGACCUUGACCUUGCUGCUACUCCUACAUUGCUACUAGGAAUUCCAUCAUUUUACCAAAAUUUUCCUUGUCGAAAAGACAUUUUCUCUUGUGUAAUUGUAUCCGGCCAGUUGCAAGAUCUUUGCGUCCUUUAUAUACUCUGUUUCUUGCUC